CUCCAUGUUAGAGGUGGAUACAUCAUACCAUGGCAGGAAACAGCCAACAACACUGUUUACAGUCGUAAGAAGUUUAUGGGACUUCUGGUAGCCUUGGAUGAUUAUGGAAAAGCACAUGGCAAUCUUUUCUGGGAUGAUGGAGAAAACAUAGAUUCAAUAGAGAAUAAGGACUAUUUCCUGGGAACAUUCACUGCUGAUAAGAACACAGUGUCAAGUGCAAUAACAACAAAUAAUUACUUAUCCUUAACAAAUCCUUUAUUACUUGGACAUGUUUAUAUUUGGGGCCCUGGAACGAAUGCCAAAUCUGUGUCGGUUACAUAUGGUAGCAAUACAGAUGUGAUUACCAGUUUUACAGCCGUUAAUGAGGUUUUACAAAUCCAUCUCACAAGCAAGCAAUAUAACUUGGCACAACCAAUUAGUGUUACAUGGCAGACCUAA